CACAAGACAGAAAACUGAAUGAAAUGCCUUUCAAAACACAAACGUAUACGAAUCGCCCGCUUUCUUCGCUUCGUGCUCCUAUUGGCCAGCGCCUUCUGUCGCCACGGUGACAGCAUAGUAACCGCGGCCUGGCCCCGCCCCCUUUCCCCUUAUUUGGAAGGGCGACGCCCACCAGGCGCGCUGUGAUUGGUCGAGCGAACGCCCUCGCCAAUGUUUGUAAAUUGCAGUCUGCAGGAAACAGCGCUGCUCGGAUCUCAGCGCGCAAAUGUAUUUUUUAAUGUUGAUUAACUUGUCCUGUUUGGAGUUCAUUUCAAGAAUAUAACCUGCACGGGACUCAUAGCGAGAUAGAAAAAUAUUGGCGGCGCUUCGGAGCUCAAGAACCCAUAAGCAAGCAGAGACUACGAUGGUCCUGAGUCAGAUGGACGCCGGCAAAGCGCUGACGGCGGCGGCGGCCAAAGGCAACGCCGCAGAGCUGCAGAGGAUCCUGCAGGAGCUGCGGCUGCACCCGGACACCCGCAACGAGUUCAGCAGGACCGCCCUGCAGGUGAUGAUGAUGGGCAACUCCAAAAUAGCCCGUCUGUUGCUGGAGAAAGGAGCCGACCCCAACGUCCAGGACAGACACGGGAUCACUCCGGCCCACGACGCGGCGCGGACGGGAUUCCUGGACACCCUGCAGGUCCUGGUGGAGAACGGCGCGUCGGUGAACAUCCCAGACCAGAACGGCGCCCUGCCCAUCCACAUCGCCAUCCGGGAAGGCCACCGGGACAUCGUCCAGUUCCUGGCCCCCCGAUCCGACCUCAAGCACGCCAACAUCAGCGGCCAGACCGCGCUAGACGUGGCCCGAGCCUCCUGUGUGCCGGAUAUCAUGGACUCGCUCUUAGCUCACAUCCAGAGUUAGCCUGGGGAACAUGAAAACGUCUGUCUUGCUUUUUAUUUAUUUCCAUUUUGCUUCUUUCCUGUUAACUUGAACUCGUUGCUGUUUUAAUUGAUAAUUUUUUGUUGAUGGUUCAGCAUUAAUGUGACACAGGACAUGUUGUCUUGGCAGCUUAAUUUCAGUGGAUUGGUGUCUAUAUACUGUAGAUACCUCUUUUGCACAGUGCAGUUUAGGCACUUUAUCUAUACAUUUUUUUGUUUUUCCUGUUAAUUGGGAGUGCACAUUUGUAGAUAGUUUCUCCCAGGGUUUUUUAUGAAUUUAUUUUUAAUUAUUUUAUUUUCUGCAUUAUUUUCAUUGUGUAAGAAUUGUGCCACUUCACUCACUUAUUACCAUUUUUAAAUUACAAAACUUGACAUGGUGCGUCCUGAUUGCUUUACAUAGUUGUGUUAUUUUUCCUAACUAGAUGAACUUAGACUUUGAAUUUACUCUUAUUUAUUGUUGGAAUAGAUCAGAAUAUUCCCAUGACUUUGUAAAUUGUAACAUUUAUUGUUAUUUGUUGAAAUGUUAUUUAUAUAAAUACUUUUAAGACAAAAAGUGAGAUUCUUCACUUUAAUAUUUGGGGGAAAAAAAGCACAAAAUAAA